GUUCCACACACACACCCCUUCUGCCCAAAUCUCCCCUUCUCAUCCCCCCCGCCUCACCCCUCACCCCCUCCCUCCCCACCACAGGAAAUGACCACCAAUAACCCGUCCGCCAAGCCCUCCUCCUCUCCCCCGCCGGAGCAGGCAGUGGCGCCUCCCGACAGCACUCUCUCCCGACUGGCCAGCCCGGCUGACGCCAAUCCCGCUGGUAAUGUCCAUGGCGGGCGCCUGCUCUCGUGGGCGGUCGAGUGCGCCUGGACCGCCGCUUGCGCGCACUGGCUGGCGGCCAAUCCCCCGGCCGGCGACCCGGCCGGUGCCAUCCCCCCCCGGCGCCCGCGCCUGGCCAUCGCUCGCUACGAGCAGAUGCACUUCCAGCUGCCGUCCCAGAUCGGCGGCAAGAUCACCCUCAGUGGCAAGGUCAUCUUCACAGCCGAGGGGUCUCCCUGCCCAUCGCAUGCUCACUUCCCGGCCGGGGGCCGCCAUCGGCUGAUGCUUGUUCUGGUGACCACCCGCUGUGUGUCCUACACCAACUAUGUGCCCUCUGGCUCGUCGAAUCCCGAUGGCCCGGUCACCAACACCGCACUCAUCUGGGUCAUGGACAUGGACCCCGAGUCGCCGGGCGUGCCGCCAAUGCUCACCCACCCGCCCGGCUAUGAGACCAUCUUCCUCAUCGGCUCGGUCCUGUUUACUCGCUGGCGCGAUGAGGUGGCCGGCCAGUGGCCCUUCCCCGAGUCCGACUCUGCUGUGGAUGCCCAGGAAUUCGUGUCCUCGAGGCCAGGGCUCGUGUCGCUCCCGGGCCCGGGCCCGAUCGAGCGCUACGUCCACGCCUCGGAUCAGAAGUAUGGCCGGAAGCAGGAGGCUCUCGAGGCGCAAGCCCUCCUGGCCCAGGGCCCCCCAACCACGAUGUCUGAGGCCGAAUUGAGUGAGGCCUUCCCCGGACUGACGUCUCUCAAGCCAGCGGACCGUGUGGCGGCUGGCCUGCUCCCCUCGCGUACUCGUUCCGAGACGGCAUCCUCCCUGUCGGUGCUCACGGUUCCUUCAGACGCGGCCCCCUGGGAGUGGCCGAAUCGCUUUGACUCGGCCCUCCUUGAGGUCCCGGCCCAAGGGGCGGCCUCCGGUGCGGAUGCCCUCCCGCCGGCCGUACACGCUGGGCCUAUCCUGUACCUGAUGGACACGACAGCCGGCAUCGCGGCUUGGCGCCAUUGCCAGGCCCACAUUGUCACCAUCAGUGCCCAGGCCAUUGACUUCCGCCGGACCGUGCGCGUCGGUGAGGUCCUCACCUCCUCGGCCAAGAUCGUCUUUGCUGGGCGCCGCAACAUUGAGAUCAAGGUCGAUGUCUUCUCCGAGUCGCCUCAUGCCCCGACGCCGAGCGGCCCCCAGCUGGCCAUGACCGGGUACUUCCGCUUUGUGGCCCUGGGCCCGGCGACGGCAUCCGGCAAGCUGGCUGCCGAUGUUCCCGAGGGGACCACCGCCAAGCCAGCCCCGGUCACCACCUACCUGGCGCAGCCGGUCAACCCCCUGCAGCUGGCUUGCUUCCGCGGGGAGGAGGACCCGGCCGUCGUCGAGGAGGAGUGGCGUCUGUAUGUGGCGGCCCGGGCCCGGUACCUGCGGUCGACCAGCGACCGGAAGUUCGCCCAAGAGAUGGCUGCCAAGAAGGCGGCCGCGGCCGCAGCCGCGACGGCCGAUGCACCGAAGCAGGCGUGAUCCGGAGCAUCUCCUCCACGCUGAGAGAGACCCCCGCCCCCGUCUCCUCCCCGAUAUCCUUUCCUCUUGUGUUGCCCUCCCCAUAUGGGCUACUUUUUUCCUCUUUUUUUUCCUUGCGCAGCACAAGGUGCACUCUGCCCCCCCCCCCCUCCCCAC